AUGAAGGGCCGGCGGCGGCGGCGCCGGGAGUACUGCAAGUUCGCGCUGCUGUUGGUGCUAUACACGCUAGUGCUUCUGCUCAUCCUCUCGGUCCUGGACAGCGGCCGCGACGGGGACAAGGGAGCCCGGCACUGCCCGGGCCUGCAGCGCAGCCUGGGAGUGUGGAGCCUGGAGGCGGCGGCAGCGGGCGAGCGCGAAGAGGGCGCGGAGGCGUGGCCAGCUGCGGAGGGGGGCGCUGGCAGGUCCCCUAGGUCCCCAGGCAACCUCAACAGCGCCGUCGGGGAGGCCGCGUCUCGCGAAAAGCAGCACAUCUAUGUGCAUGCCACCUGGCGCACCGGCUCAUCAUUCCUGGGCGAGCUCUUUAACCAGCACCCGGACGUUUUCUACUUGUACGAGCCCAUGUGGCAUCUGUGGCAGGCGCUGUAUCCGGGCGACGCCGAGAGUCUGCAGGGCGCACUCCGAGACAUGCUGCGCUCACUCUUCCGCUGCGACUUCUCAGUCCUGCAGCUGUACGCGCCGCCCGGUGACCCCGCUGCGCGCCCCCCGGACGCGGCCAAUCUCACCACGGCCUCCCUCUUUCGCUGGCGGACCAACAAGGUCAUCUGCUCGCCGCCACUGUGCCCUGGCGCACCCCGGGCCCGCGCCGAGGUCGGCCUCGUAGAGGACGCCGCCUGCGAGCGCAGCUGCCCACCCGUGGCUCUCCGAGCCCUGGAGGCCGAGUGCCGCAAGUAUCCGGUGGUGGUCAUCAAGGACGUGCGCCUCCUCGACCUGGGCGUGCUGGUGCCCCUUCUGCGCGACCCAGGCCUCAACCUGAAGGUGGUGCAGCUUUUCCGCGACCCGCGAGCUGUCCACAACUCGCGUCUCAAGUCCCGGCAGGGGCUGCUGCGCGAGAGCAUCCAGGUGCUGCGCACCCGCCAAAGGGGCGACCGCUUCCACCGUGUGCUGCUGGCGCACGGCGUAGGAGCUCGCCCCGGGGGAGGGUCCCGCGCGCUGCCAGCCGCGCCGCGUGCCGACUUCUUCCUGACCGGUGCGCUUGAGGUGAUCUGCGAAGCCUGGAUGCGCGAUUUGCUGUUCGCGCGCGGCGCUCCCACCUGGCUGCGGCGCCGCUACCUGAGGCUGCGCUACGAGGACCUGGUGCAGCAGCCGCGCGCCCAGCUGCGCCGCUUGCAACGCUUUGCCGGGCUCCGCGCGCUUGCAGCCCUCGACGCCUUCGCGCUCAACAUGACGCGCGGCGCUGCCUAUGGCGCCGACCGGCCCUUCCACCUGUCGGCGCGCGAUGCCCGCGAGGCCGUGCAUGCCUGGCGCGAGCGCCUGAGCCGAGAGCAGGUGCACCAGGUGGAGGCCGCCUGCGCCCCAGCCAUGCGCCUGCUGGCUUACCCUCGUAGCGGAGAAGACGUCGAUGUCAAGCCGCCUGAGGACGAGGAGACACAGCCAGAGCCCGAGGAGGACGACGCCACGUAG